AUGAGCUCCGCGGGGGAAGAAAAUGACCAGAGGAAGGUUCCCCAUUGGAGUAGAAACACACUGAUCGGUAACCUUCAGAGUGGAAAACAGGGGGACCUCUUUGAGAGACUCAUAAAGAUUUACGUGGACGUCAUUUUUAACUACGAGAAAUAUCCCCCGCAUGUCCAGCACUUGCACAUUUUGGGUAAGGAACGAGGAAAUGAGCAGUACAGUACUACAGCUGUACAUGGGGCAGGCAGAAGUCUGCUAAUGGAUAAAGUACUGAAUGUGCGAAGCAGCAAAAGUCACAAGAACAAAUUGCUCCACUGUGAGGAAAAUAGACCGUCGGAAAAUAUGAAUGAAUAUCUUGUACGCUUAAAUGAAGCAGCCAUGCGAAAUGAAAAAUUAUCAGAGCAUGAGAAAAAGGACGUGAUACAAAAAGUGAAAAACAUUUUCAACCACAAAAAUGUAUUGUAUGCACUAUUCACCCUAGAGCAUAACAGGAUUUUAUUUAAUUUUUCAGAGCAAUUGUUUUUAAAGCAUAUGGAAAUUUGCUUUUUAAACUCCGCCGUUAGUAACAGCAUGGACAUAUAUCGCUACAUCAGACGCUUUGGGGUCGAUAGCAUUUGCCUUUACCUGUUUGAAUAUGCUGAUCAUGUUCACAUUUUGAAGAAGCGCCAUGAAAUUAUUAAGGGGUUAUAUUUGGGACGUGCAUCCUGA